CAGAGCAGACCAAAUAUCCUCCCAAUAAUUCAGAACAGCAAAAACCAGAGAUUCACACUAAUGGGUUGCCGCAACAUUUCCACACUGACGGCCAUGGUAGUUGCGGUGGUCGUGUUGAGCUCGAUCGCAAUCCCAACAACCAAGGCACAGGAGCAGUCGUGCGCUAAUGACCUACUGCCCUGUGGAGACUACCUCAACAACACCAACCAACCAUCCACCGCCUGCUGCACCGCCAUCAAUGAAACCGUGUCCACCCAGCUCACCUGCCUCUGCAAUCUCUAUUUCAACUCCAAUGUUCUCCAGAGCCUGGGCGCUACCACCGAAUCCGCUCUCAGAGUAGCCACCGCUUGCGGCGUCGACUCUGUCGAUGUGAAUCAGUGCAAAGCUCUCCUAGGUCAAGCACCAGCUGUUUCUCCACCUACAGCUGUACCGGGAGGUGAUGGUGGCAGUGGUUCCGUCAAGAUUGCGUGGACAGGACUCCCUGCCCUGCUCUUAUUCUGGGCUUCUCUCAUGUACUACUAGGUUUUUCGCAGCCGAUUGUUAUAGUCUAUUGAGUAAAUAAGAUUGGUUUUGGUAUUAGGGUCCAGAGCAGAAACUUGGAGAUCAUUGUAUUUGCUUCACGUUGGUACGUUGAUAUUAAUUUAUUUGAAAUGCAUUCGUAGCUUGGAUCACUUUAUUCAGAAUUGCUUAUGGACAUGGUUAUCAGGUUAUGUGCUUUUGGUAGCCAAUGACCAGAUUCUUAUGAUGGUUUUUUAAAACAUUAGUAAUAAAUCAAUCUUUG